ACUUAGCUAUCAGUGUGGCAGGGUCAUGAAGAGGAGGCGGUGGCGGGAGAGCGGAGGAGGCGGAGGGGGCGCGAAAUUGCGGUAGCCAGCGCUGGGCUGGUGAUUGUGGCUGUGUGGGAGGGCGAGGGUCCGAGCCCUCGGGCAGCGGCCGGGGCUCUGGGCUGAGCGCGGCAGUGGAGGCGCCGCUCCCGGCCCCCUGGCUCCGCCAUGUUCCGCAGGGCACGCCUUAGCGUGAAGCCGAAUGUCAGGCCUGGUGGAGGCGCCAGGGGCUCCGGUGCUCCUAAUCCCCAGCGUGAACCGGCGGCUCCCAGGCCUCCCGAACCUGCCACCGAGUCCGCUCCGAAGCCAGCGGAGCCCACAGAUGUACCUGUGCCAGCGGUGGCUUCCGGGGGAGCGGAGCCCCAGGAAAAGGCUCCCGGAAACAGUGAUGCAAAGACUGGUGAUGAAAAUAAUGUUGAAGAGUCCAGCAAACCAUCCUCUACUGUUUCUCAGAGAAGAAAGCGAGUGCCAAGCACUUCUAGUCUUGCGAAGCCUACUAUCAGUGUUUCUUCACAGUGUCAACCCUUGUCUACAGUUAACCACGAUGCUCUGCAGCCCAGCCCUGCUCCAGCUAAAGACAAGCCCCCGUGUUCAGAUAGAUACCGAAUAUACAAGGCCCGGAAACUGAGAGAGAUGCUGAAAGAAGAGUUGAGAAAAGAGAAGAAACAAUGGAAAAACAAGUUUGCUACAAAUGAAAGCCAGAGGCCACCAGAUCGUUCAAAAAUGACCAUGAGAGACUUCAUAUAUUACCUGCCAGAUAACAAUCCAAUGACUUCUUCAGUGGAACAAGAAAAGAAAACCGAAAAAUCCUUGACUCCUACCCCGGCAAGAGAUAGGCAAGACAACCAGAGCACUCAUGGUGCUGAUGAGAAUGAAGACGUGGAAGAGGAGGCGGAUGAUGGGCCACUGCUGGUUCCUCGAGUAAAAGUGGCAGAAGAUGGUUCUAUUAUUUUAGAUGAAGAAAGUUUAACUGUAGAAGUUUUGAGAACAAAAGGUCCCUGUGUUGUUGAGGAAAAUGAUCCUAUAUUUGAGCGUGGCUCAACAACCACAUAUUCCAGCUUCAGGAAAAACUAUUAUUCAAAGCCAUGGUCAAAUGAAGAAACAGAUAUGUUCUUUUUGGCCAUCAGUAUGGUAGGAACUGACUUUUCUAUGAUUGGACAACUUUUUCCUCACAGAGCAAGGAUAGAAAUUAAGAAUAAAUUUAAACGUGAAGAAAAAACAAAUGGAUGGAGAAUAGACAAAGCCUUUCAGGAAAAACGCCCCUUUGACUUCGAUUUUUUUGCUCAUUUGCUUCAGAAAGUUCUUGCUGAAGAAGAAAAAAGGAAAAAAUUUACUAAAUGUCAGAGUUCAAAGGAAAAGUCCUCCAAACCACGGAAAAACAUGAAAGCAAAAAAGGUAACUAGUGAGGAAGUGAAUGAUGAUCCAGAUGAAUCUGUAAAUAGUAAUGGUUCAGAUCCAGAAAUAUCUCAGAAGGAUACUCAGACAGUUGCUGAAGAGAAACCACCAACUUUGUCAGAACAGGAUUUAGAACAAACCAUGUUAGAGCAAGACCAAAAUCAAGAGAAGAGGAGGAGGAAGAAGCAAAAUGAAGCUAAUGAACAGGAAGCAGCAAAUCUUGUAGGAAGUGCCCUCGUUCACUCGAACUCUCCUGAAGCAGAAAUACACAAGAACACAAGUCCUGAGGAAAAUGAAGGCAAAUGUAGUGAGGAACAGACACCUUCUUUCCCACAGCACACAGAUGACAUUGCAGAGUCAUUCUCACCCUCCAAUGAAAAGGUGCAGCUGAAAACGGACUCCAGCCCUUCUACAUGUAAUCAGCAAGAUACCAUGCCGCUAGCAAGUGAGUCCUCAGAGUCAAGAGCUGCAGAUUUGCCUUUCUCAGAAGUUGCGGGUGCUGCCUCCUGUGAGGUAAAUGAUGCUGGAACAGAAGAAAGAAGCGUUGACUUAGAGAAUAGACCACUAGAGACUGAACCAGCAGAAAAUGUUAAACCAAAAUCCAGAAGUCGACUUCAGAGACCUAAACCUAAUCUGUCCAGGGCAGUUGGGAAGAAGUCAGUUGUUUCUCAAGAUAAACAAGAUGAAAGGAGCAAAGUCUCACCUUCAGAAGCUUCAGCUGAAAAGAAUCAUGUGGAAAAAGAGAGAUUGAAUGUACCUGAAAAUUUUGGGACAGAGACAACAGAAAGAGAAAACCUAGGUGCUGAAACUGUUUCUGAUUUGAGUGAAAAGUCUUGUGUACAGGAAGAUGGUAAACCAAAGGUCUUAAGACCUACAUGUCUAUUGAGGGGCCGAGUGCAAAGACCAAGGCCUAACAUACAGAAAGCUGCAGGAAGAGAAGAGACUCUUGCACCACAGGGGAAAAUUGGGGCCCAUGUAGAGAAGAAUGAAGAUGAAUCCUGUGUUGAUAGAGAGCAAAGUGAAUCCUGUGUUGUGAUUCCUCAACAAACGGAAAAUGAGUCACUUAAAAACCUCCAGUGUGAAGAUGUUACAUCACAGCCUGAAAAAAAGGAUCCUUCAGGAAAUGUGCACUCUGAUGAGCCCAAGGUUCUUAAUGAAUGUCCAAGUACUCAAGAGGACAGUAAAGCAAAUAAACCGAAGCAAGCUCCAGUUCUAAGGACGCGAUUUCAGAAACCAAAACCCAAUACAGGAAGAAAAAGAAUUACCUCCAAGGAAGGGGUGGCAGAGGAGGUUCCUAUUUUUGGAGAAAUAACAACAGCUUUGGAAGAAACUGCAAAACUAGACUCUUCGCCAAGGAAGAAGAUACCAAUUGUAACUACUGCUGAUUUUACUGUUAUUCCUGCCACUAACGAAUUGGAAUCCGAUUUAAAAGACGCUGGAAGAAAUGACACCUCUUCUAACAUGAAGAUGUCAGAACUGACAGAAGUCACUAUGGAAAUGGAGAUAGGUUUGAAAACAAUAGGGAGAGAUAUUUCCCCAGGGGAGAUGGGAACAGAAAUGAUUGACAUCCCUAUGGAAACAGAGACAGGUUUGAAAGCAUCUUUAAAUGAGAUUUCUCCUGUGGAGAAUGUGUCAGAGUUGAUUGGUACCACAGAGGAAAUUUAUACAAAUUUGGAAGAAACUGGAAGAAGAGAAACAUUUUCACAAGAAAAUGGCCCCAAGGAGGUUAGUCCAAUUAGUGAAAUGGAGACAGACUUGCAAGAAACUGGAAAAGAGUUACCCACAACAGAUUUGAUUGACAGCACUGAAAAAGGGGAGGCAUAUUCAGAAGACACUGAAAGACGAGAAAUAUCUGUGCCAGUAAAGGAGACAGAGGAGGCCAAAACCAUGGGUGAAACGGAAACACGUGUGGAAGAGUUGGGAGGAAAGGCAGUGGGAGCCCCAGCAGAGCAGCUGGCUAGUGAGGUGGGUGUGUGCGGCAGCACACGCACAGAAGGAGCGGGAGUGGAAGAGAAGAAGCUUGACCUGAAGGGCACUGGAGAAAGAGACAUUUCCACGAUGGUCAUGGCGUCAGCAGACAUGACUGCCGCUGAGCACAGUGGUGGAGAUUUGAAGGAAACAGGAGAGACUUCCGUCUCUUGGGAGAGAGGACUUGGAGAGAUCUGUGUUGGGAAGCAUAUGGUGGCAGACGUAGGAAAAACAGAAAAAGUAGAUGUUUCUCCAGGAGAACAUGAACCAGAGGAACAUAGCUCAAGGCAGCUCGAGGCAGAUGUUAUGCAGAGCAGCAGUAAUGACAGCAGCCCCGGGCUUUCACUGGAUAGAAAAAAUAUUAGCAAUAAAAUAUCAGUGAUGCCUACAUUUGAGGAACAAAAAGAAAACUCUGACAAGGAAGUAUCAAGUCACUUAAGUCAUGUGAAGUCUUCCCAGCAUUCUGCAGACCAUGGAGCAGUUCCAGCGGCACAGCCUGCAGAUGUCCUGGAGCAGGUGUCCGGGACUAGCCUCAGCAGAUCUCUUCCUCAAGAACAGAAGCCACUCGAAGUUAAACCAGCUCCUUUUCUGAGAAGUCGAUUCAAAAAACCAAAACCAAACUUGUCAAGAGCAGCUUUAAAGAGAGCAACCCCAGAAGCAGAGCACUGUGUACCUGGGAAGAAGUCAGAAGCGGGCACAGUGGGGACUGCUGCGUUACAGCAGGACAGCGAGCAAUCCGAUUCUCCCUCUUCUCAGCAUGAGGUACCUUUUCUAAUGACAUCAAGAGAAAAUGAUAACCCGAGUCAUGAGGAGGAGGAUGCUGUGAUACUGCCGAGCAUGCAGACUGGGAAGGACUCUUCCCCACCCAAUUCGUGUGAACCCAAAGAGGAUUCUCAGUCAACACAAAAGCAGGAAAAUGGCUUAGUUGUUCCUGUUGGGACUCAGAAGAUGAACAUGGUCACACAGGAAACAAAGCAAAGUGUGGGCCAAACUACUCUACCAGUGAGAGGUCGACUUCAAAGACCAAGACCAAAUGUACAAAAGGCCAGACAGAGGCAAACAGUAGAAAAAGGUGAAGCUGACGGUGUAGCUAAGAAUGAAGGAUCAGAACUGCAGAAAGAUGAAACGAAAAAAGACCUGACAGUGGCUAAUGCUCACAUUGAAGGUGAAGUUGAAGCUAUGUCCUUUGGAGUUUCAGAGUACACAGUGAAUGAAAGUCACAGGCACGUGGUUCCUGUAGAUGAACAAAAAAGGCAUGAAAAUGAACCUCAUAUCCCUAGUCCAGCACAGUUGUUAAGAAGACGAUUCCAAAAGGCUAAACCAAAUUUAGGAGGAGCACACCGUAGAAAAGAGCAACCAGUUGUAGAAAAAGGCACAACAGACCAGAACACAGACCCAAAACCAAAAGACCAUGAGCCGCAGAAAGGAGACUUGGACAUCCAGCUUCCUCUAAAAGAAAAGACAGAGAUUCUAAUGCCUCUGGAAGUUUCAGCAAGAAAAGAUUGUAUAGUUCCUGAAGCGUCAGGUUCUGCCAUUAGUGAUGCUCAGCUGAAAGAUUGUAUAGCUCCUGAAGCAUCAGGUUCUGCCAUUAGUGUUACUCAGCUGAAAGCUGUACCGUCAGGAGGUGCCAGGGACGAGCUUGUGGAGGACCAUUCUACGUCAUCUUUGGGGCUUGAAGAGCAGGAUCUUAGUAAACAAAUUAGCAGUCCACAACUAUUGAAAGAAUCAAAUUACUCCAAAACUGCUGUGCAUCGAAGAACACCUCUCUCUUCUGCCUCUGAGUGUGAGAUAGAUCACAGUGGGAAAAGAGCACAUAGAAAGAUGAAAUCAAAUGUGACCAAAGGGCGAGGACCCAAACGAAUCCGAGGUAAGACUGCUAAGAAGGAACCUAGAGCUUCCAAGUCCAUGUUGGUGACUCUUCGGGCUUCUCAGAAAGAGGAUGAAGAGGAUGCUGAGGAUUUUGAUUCUGACUUUGAGGAGGAAACUUAUCAUCUUGCCCCAGAAGAAUUAAACAAAGCACCAGUGUUUGUACCUGUUGGUCUCAGAUCCCCUGAACCAGUAUCUGCUCAGAUCGAAGAAACAAUGGAAGAGCUUGAGAUAGCCAUGGAUGUUGCAGACAUAGGAUGUGUAACUGUUGAACAUCAGCUUUCAAACACGGAUGCAACAACUCAGGAUGUGCAACCAGAAGAAGAUUUGCAUUCCCCAGCAUUUGAGAUGCUCAUAGGUGAACAGACCCCAGAAGAACCAGGUCCCAGUGAUAGAAGCGCGGAAGCUGCCAUAACUUUGCUUACAAUGGGAGACAUAGUAUUGCAGUCGGAGAUCAUCACUGAACAGGGUGAUGUAGGAGUAUGUGUAUUUCCUGAUGUUCAUUCAAAGGAUAAAAGUCAUGUUCCUUUUAGCCCAGAUAAUGUAAAUCACAAAAUUGUUCAUGAAUAUCAGGAGGUUUCUUCACCUGUCAUUAGUAUGUCGCCUGCAUCAUUUGAGGAAAACAAGAUUGUAUCGAAGGAACAAAGUACUAGAGAAGAAGCUGAUGUCAUGGGAGAAAUAAUGGCGAAUACUCUGUCAAUCAGGAGCACAACUCCUGCAGUGACCAAACAUGUGGGAAUGGAGAGUCAUUUUAUUACAGCUGAACCAAGUCCGGAAAAGAUCUUAGGGGUCUGUGGGCUUGAAGAUCAUCAGGAAGUUGCCAGUUUUUGUGUAACCAAAGGGACAGAAGUGGAAAUUCAAAGAGAGCCUGAGGAAAAUGACUCCAAAGCAAUAGAAUUAGAAAAUAAAAGCCUUGAGCCAGCAGAAACGAAGGAGCAGCACCAAUUGCCAUCUGUCCAUGAUGUUGCAGUUACCAGUGCUUCUCAAGAAGCGAUCCCGAGUGCAAGGAGUGAAGACCAAGAGGAGAACUUGGAAGAGGUUCAGAUGUUGGGUACUGCAGUUGCUUCAUCUGAGAUCGGGAUCCUCACACCUGAUUCAGGUCUUGGUGAGAGUCCUGAAGAUCCCGUCACAGAAAACUCUAAAGACAGCAGCAUGCUCAUGCUUCCUGUGCCAGAGAGUAUACCAUCUAAUAUUCCAGAAGUCCAACAAGAAAAUAUGAUCAAUCCUCAAGACGAAACAGUGAAUCUAUUUGCUAAUCUACAUCAAGAUGAAGAAGAUGAACAAGCAUUCAUUUUAACUUUGGUGGAAAUCCCAACUAAUGCCACAGAAGGAUUUACUGAUGCCUCCAUGCAGUUAAUGCCAAGCUCUCUACUGCCAGCACCUAUAUUGGUCAAAUCUAGAAACACAGUAAAAAGAGGUGGCCACAGUGAGAGUUUACAAACAGCUUCAGUUGUUCAAGAUGCCAUAUGCUUGUCUCCUUCUGGAAGUGGUGAUUCUGAAAAGCCUCCUCCUAAGGUGGAUCUUAUAUCUAGGAAGAGAAAUCACUGUAGUCCUGAUGAAAACAUUCUUGUACCUCCUACCAAAAAGUCCUCAAUUUCUCCCGGAGUUGAUUGUCAAGAAUCUGCCUCUGAGGUAUGUUCAAAGGAAUUCAAUGUUUUUAAGAAAACAGAAAACUCUUGCAUGGGACAAGGCAUUUUCCCUACUUCAGAGAGCACACAUACAUCUCCUAAACCUCAGAAGGAAUACAGUGAACCAACUUUUCAGAAUGCAGAAUCGAGAUCUCCUGAUGAAAUAAAACAUGUGUGUGUGGAAAAGACCAUGACUCAGUUGCCUCAGGAUGAGAUGGUGUCUGAUAAAGAAGAGAAGACUGGUCCUGUUUCCAGUUCGGAACUAAGGGAUAGCAUGCCGUCAUCCUCAAAACCCUCUCUGACCAGACCUGGCAGAAGACCUUUGGGAUUUUUGUCUUUAAUAUGUCCAAAAAAUAGUUUGGACGCUGAUGAAGCGGCUCAAACCCAUAGUAAGAAGCGCCUAAAGCCCCAUAUACCUGCAUUACGACGAAAUUUGAAAAAACCUAAUCUACUUAAUACAAGCCAGAAAAAAAGUGAAGAAUCUUCUUCUGAUCCACUUCCAUCUCCAAGUAUUACGAAUCCUCAGUCUGAUGUUACUGGAAAGUCAGCAGCUCAGGCUUCUUCUGAUCAGCCGUCUCUUAAAGAGAAAUGUGAAAGUGGGCCACAACAGGCGUGUGAGGAGGAGGCCACCACAGUCUCGGAGUUUGUCUUCAAUGACAUCUUCAUUGAAGUGGAUGAAACAGAAUAAAGCACUCUUCUGGAUUCUUCCUUUCUUCCUUUUUUUCUUUCUAUUUUUGUAAUAAGUUUGAAAUUUCCAGAGUCACUGAUGUUAGCAAAGCAGUGUUUAGAAAAGCACCACUGCCUGUUUUUAUUUAGGGCAGUUUCGAAUAUUUAUUAAGCUUAAUUUAAAGCUUUUGUAAUCAGUGGAAACCAUUUCAUUCUGAAAUACCAAGCAAUUAAGACUGCUCUCUCUGGCAGACAUUUUAACUUGUUUACAUUUGACUCACCCUGUGCUGAGCACACCUGGACUCCUGGACUGCGAGGAUACACGCCUGUAUAAAUCAUAGUGCUGACAUGCUUGGAGCUUGAUUGUAUUUAACAUUCGUGACCUUCUUUUGUAAAGGUGGUUUUGUUUCUGUUUGUGUUUUUUUCUUUUUGUUUUGGAGGGUGAUGAAGGUCGGUUUAUUUGCCUGUAAGUAUAUGAAAGCAAGUUGUGAAACUCCACUUUGGUAUGGUAAAGUUAAAGCUUUUCUAUUAUUAGCUAUUUGACUGAAAAAUGUGUAUUUUUCUAAUUCAUGGUGAUGUAACAUUAGUUCUAAUUGAAGAUCUAGUAUUUAAACUUGCUAUUUAUAAAGACUGAACAUGAAAGAGAUUAUUUAUUUUUAAAUUUUUUAUUUAAAAGCAUAUCCCGAUUUAAUUAUUUUCACUUAUCAGAUGUGGGCAAAGAAAGCACUAACAAAUAAUUUGUCUCCUUUCCUCUUUACUUUUAAAGCUAUUUUAAAAUGUCAUAAUUAAAAAUGUUUAGGUGGUGUCUGUGUUUUGAAUACUUUUCUCAUACUUUAGUACAUUGAAUUUAUAUUGUGAGUUUUUUUUUUGCUUUUCUUAUUUCCUCUAUUAUCUCAAGAUUUUCAUUGGAAGAAAAAAAUUAACGUUAAGAGACAUGUUGUAUAAAACAAUCUUCUACACACACACACACACACACACCUUUAAAAAAAAAGAAAACAGUGAUAGAUUUUUUUCCCCUACUAAAUUUUGCUCACAGGAUGUGUAAGCCAUUAACCACAGAACAUGAUUCUUCUGCUAAAGCACAAAAUACGAUGGGAAAACUUUGCAAAGCCGUGAUUGUCAUCAUUAUGAACUUAGGUUUUUUUGUUUUUUUUUUUUUAAAUUUUGAGACUUAGUGAUUUAUGUAAGUGUCUUAAUUCUCUUAACAGAUUUUUCUUGUUUCAAAUUAAUCUGAAAGACCAAAUUUAUUGAUUUUUAUCAGAAAAAUCUCAUAGCUCAGUACAUUAACUCAGUAGUUAGAAAGUUUUUUCAACAAAAUAUUUUUUGAAACUGUAGACCAAGCAGUCCGAGUGACAGCUGUGUGGCCCUGCUGGUUUAGCGGGAGCGGGCCUGGGCUUUUACUUAGGCAGCAUGUCUUAGGCUAUAGCUUCGCCCCCUCCCCCCCCCCCCUUAAAACAGGGUUGUGUGUCCCAGACUAGCCCUGGACUCUAUAGAUGAGGGUGUUCUUCAGUGUGAUCCUUUAGUCUCCACUCCCAGAGCUGGGUUACAGGAGUGCAACACCAUGCGCAUUUUAAUGCUGUGCUGGAGUAGAGCCAAGGCUUCCCACAAAGCACCCUGCCACCUGAGCUGUCCUGUCUGAAGGUGCUGAUGUCUCUACGUAGGAGUUACUUGUCACAGAAAUUGUAAAAUGUGCCCACGAUUUAGAAAACUGUGUUGAGUGUAUUAUGAAAUGAUCGAUACUUCAGUUGGAAAAGUAUUUUCAUCUUUAUAUAUUGAUAAAAUGAUGACCACUUUUCAAGUUAAGUGAAGAAGAAAGUUGUCACUUUGGCUUUCUAGCCUAAGCGAAAAAGGCUAGUAGGGCUCAGUGAGUCUAGAGUGAAACUAGUUCACUGAAACCUACCGUGAGCAUAUUUUUCAUUCUGUGUCUUAGUGAUUUAGCAUCUUGAUUAUAAAGGAAGAUCUAUAAAUUAGAUGGAAAUUCUCAAAAGUAUACAUCUGUUCAUGUGAUUAAUAUCACAAAAUCAUGGGUUAAUUCACAGUGCUAUUUCAUUGCCGUUUGUAAAUUUAAAAGUUUCUGUUCUGUAAAGAUUUUUUUUUCUUAAUGUUACUUGGGUUAGAUCACCGCAACUAAACUAUUAUUUAUCCCUGUAUAAUAUUUAUUUUUUUAACAUCUGUCUCUUGUUCGUCUGUAAAACUGAUUUUAUGGAAGAUGUAAUUUAUUGUAUAAAGAGUACAAGGGCGUUCAUUGUAUAGAGAAUCAAGUCAGUCACAAAUUGUCCAGCUGUUACAACCUCAAAACAGAUGUUGGGAAGAGAAACACAAUCAGUGUACUUAGCUUUAAGGCGGAAAGAUCCCUGGUGGUGUAAACAUGCUUCCAGGAAUUUGUUCUAUAAAUCUUUGACUUUUUUCCUCCUGAACACUUAACAUCUUAGCAGGUUGCCAGUCAUGGUUUAAAAGUCUAAUUGCUGAUAAAUGAUUAAGGCAUAGAUAAAAAGAUGAAUAUCCACUGUUUACCACCGUAUUAUUCUAUAUGCAGGUGACCAUGUAUACUGCCUUGCUUGAAGGAGUUUUUGAUAAAAGAAAUAAUAUCUGUCAUUUGUAAAUUUUCUUGUUCUAAAGAAAGCAGUUAUGUUCUGUUGAUAAAAAUUAUGUAAAUAAAAUGUUAUUUUAUAUCAUU